UUGCAAGUUCAAAUCCCACCUCCUCCGUCAUGUCAGGACCUACGCCUCCUCGAGCAGAGGAUGGUGUAUUCACAAUGACUGCGUCUGCCACUAUUGACACACCUGUAGAGAAAGUGUGGAACGUGCUGCUUGAUUUUCCAUCUUACCCCGAAUGGAUUCCAUUCGUACGAAGCCAGGUGAUAGUGGACGCUGCGAACAAACCGCUCAAUGAUCAGACCCCCAGAGUAGGGUCAAAUCUCAUCUUGACUGUUAACAUACCCCCUGGAAGGGAGUCUCAUCCGCCGAAAUCUCGCGAGAUUGUGACAUUGGUUGAUCACGAAAACCAUCGCGUAGUCUGGCAUUACGCCUCUUUCACCAUAUAUGUUCGGACUGACAACUCAAAGAACCACAAUCACAUCAGAUGAACGAAAGUCAUAUUAUAGGGAUAUAUAAUAGGUAUAUAAGUACAGCCCGAAAACAAACACAGAAACCAAUCGUCCAAUCAAGUCCAUGUCCGAUUAUGCCUCGACUUCCGACCACCCAUCCGAGUCCUUAUCAUUACCCUCCUCCUCCUUACCCUCCUUACCCUCCACGUCCACAACGCCCUGUGAGACCUCUUCAACCUGAACGAUAUCAAUAUCAUCAUCAUCUGUAUCCUUCUUUGCAGUAGAUUUACGGGGUUCUGGGUCAGCUAUGGGAGAGGAUUGAAGGAGAUACGCAGUCUCGUUGUCAGAACUGUUGGGAGAGUCGGACUCGGAAAGGGAAGACGGUGAUGAAGGUGAAGAAGGCGUCGACGAAGUAAUCGGUUCUGAUGGGGUAUCGGCAUUCGUACUUUGAGGGGGUAAAGAUGUAUCGUCUUUAGUAUCAGAGACAAGGAUAACAAGGUCACUAGAAGACGAUGUCACUCCU